GACACUGAACAGUGUGCCCAGGCUGUUGUUUUGUGUUGUCGUCCUAUUAUGGUUUGGGUGUUUUCUUCGUCUUUCAAAAUUCCAUCUCUAACAACACGCCCUCGUUACUCGUUAGUCUCAGCUACCUAAGGCCGCGUUUGCCUCUGUUGGAACUGGAAAUGGAGGAAGAAGAACCAGUGAAAACGACGACGCAUCAACAUGAACCUCGAAAGUGUUCUGAGAAGAAGACUGUGAGUGUGAGUGUGAGGGGUGAGAUUGAUACUUCUGUGCCCUUUGAAUCUGUGAAGGAGGCAGUUACUCGAUUCGGUGGCAUCGGUUUCUGGAAGCCUAUUAUUCCUUCUCUUCCGCUUCCUUUUCAUUCUCACCAUCAACACGGCGGAGAAGAGGUGGACGGUGCAAAACUGGAGGAGCAGGCCAUGGUGUUGGAGAAAGAAUUGAUCCUCAAAGAGAGGGAAACUCUUGAUGUGUUAAAGGAAUUGGAGAGUACCAAAAGGCUUGUUGAAGAUUUGAGAACAAAGCUACAGAAGGAGGAAGCCGAAGCCAAAGAGAAUGAAGAAAAUGUGUUGGAUGUUAGAAAGCAACAAGCUUCUAAGGAAGGUUUUAUUCCCUGCCCUUCGUCUUCUCCGGCUUUGAUACUAAUGGAAUUGAAGCAGGCCAAGUUGAACCUAACAAGAACUACUAAUGAUCUUGCUGAUGUUCGAGCUUCUGUCGAAUCGCUUAAUAAGAAAUUAGACAAGGAAAGAAUCUCGCUUGAGAGAACCCGCGAGAGGCUUAGUCAGAAUUCAUUGAAAAUAUCUUCUCUUGAAGAAGAACUUAAACAGACCAGACUUAGAAUAGAACUGGCAAAAGAUGCUGAAAUCAAGUGUGUUUCCGGUGACCCUUCGGAUAUCACGAGAGAGCUCCAUCGAUUGAGUUCUGAGACAGAGCAUUUCAAGAAAAUUGGAGAAGCCGCCAAGUCAGAAGUUUCGAGGACAAUGUCUGAGAUUGAACAGACUAGAAGUAUGAUAACAACUGCAGAAAUUAGAUUGGUUGCUGCCAGGAAAAUGAAGGAAGCUGCUAGAGCCGCUGAAGCAGCUGCCAUUGCAGAAAUCAAUGCUUUAUCUAAUCAUGAGAUUGAGAAUUCACCCGAAAAGCAUGAUGGUGUUACUCUUUCAUUUGAAGAGUAUACUUCUCUUGCCUGCAAAGCUCAAGAUGCUGAGGAACAAUACAAGAAGAAAGUUUUCAGUGCCAUGCUUGAAGUUGAUGAGGCGAAUUUGGAAAAAGAGAAAAUCUUAAAGAAGGCAGAGGAAGCUUUGGAAGAAUUGAAAUCCAGCAAGAAGGUCCUUGAUGAAGCUUUGGAAAGGGUCGAGGUGGCGAAUAGAGGGAAGCUAGUGGUAGAGGAGGCUCUAAGGAAGUGGCGGUCCGAGAGUCACAAGAGACGCUCCUCGGUACAAAAUUCUACCAAGUUCAAGACCUCUUAUCCAUCUCACCAUCAGAGAGAAUCAAUAUUACUUGAUGUGAAUGGAUUGAAUAUUGUAAAUGAUGAAACCAAGCCGGUUCUUAAGCCAACGCUAUCGAUAGGACAAAUACUGAGCCGGAAGCUGCUUCCGCCGCAAGAUAUUGAAUCCAUGUUGCCUGGAGAAAGAAGCUUUGUGAAAAGGAAGAUGUCAUUGGGUCAGAUGCUUGGCAAACAAAAUUCUGAUUCAUCCAUUGAUACACAAAUUGAGAAAGAAAAUGGACAGAAGCAGUUUUCUUCCAAGAGAAAGAAAUUUGGGUUUGUGAGAUUCUCACUUCUCUUGUCUAAACAACAAAAGAAGAAGAAGAAGAAGAAGCCAAUGUUGAAUUUGAGGUGAUAGAAUCAGUUUGAUCAAUUAAUAUGUUGUUUCAUCUUGUUUUCUAUGUACACGGUUGUUUGUAUAUUAAUCACCUAUUUAUGCUUCCUAUGCUACGUUCUAGUUCUAGAGUUCUUAACUUAUCCUCUUGAAAACUGGUAGUAUGAUAUUCAUUUGUCAGCUGUUUUUGUUGUGUU